AUGAUUGCAUGCAACUUGCUGCUUGGCGCGCUUCUGACUCUUUCUCAACAUGCACAUGCUGCACAGCCUGGAUCUGCAAGUCCUUUACCAGCAAAGCUCAGAGAUAUAACAUGGGGAAAGCUCAAUUUCUUACACACAACUGACACUCAUGGAUGGCUGGCCGGUCAUUUACAAGAACCGUCAUAUAGUGCUGACUGGGGUGACUACGUCUCCUUUGCGUCACACAUGCGGGAGAUAGCUGAAUCUCAAGGUUCAGAUCUGCUAGUCAUCGAUACCGGAGACCGCGUGGAGGGCAAUGGUCUCUACGAUGCAUCAGAUCCCAAGGGAAAGUAUCUGUAUGAGAUCCUGAAACAACAACACAUUGACCUUUUAUCAUCCGGAAACCAUGAGCUUUAUAAGAAGAAUACCUCAGAUGCAGAGUUUCUUACCACGGUUCCCGGUUUCAGAGAUAGCUACAUCGCUUCUAAUAUCGAUAUCAUUGACCCUCGCUCAGGGGACUUGGUGCCAUUAGGCCCAAGGUUCAGAAAGCUAACGACCAAGGUCCAAGGCUAUCGUAUUAUGGCCUUUGGAUUCUUGUUUGAUUUCACGGGAAACUAUAAUAACACAAAAGUUCAACGAGUUGAAGACACGGUGAAAGAGACUUGGUUUCAGGAAGCCAUUCGCGAUGAGGAUAUCGAUCUUUUCAUUGUAUUAGGACAUGUUCCCGUACGGUCUGAAGAAUACGAAGCAGUGCACAGAGAAAUCCGAAAUGUGAGAGGCAACAUUACUAUUCAAUUCUUCGGUGGUCACCUUCACAUUCGUGACUAUGCCAGAUAUGAUGCGCAGUCAUCUGGCCUGGCCAGUGGUCGUUUCAUGGAGACCAUUGGGUUUUUGUCGAUUAAUGACGUGAAAAGCUCCACGCCAAACUUCAGCAGAAGAUAUAUCGACAGCAACCUGUUUUCUUACUACCAUCAUACCGGUCUCAACGAAACAAGCUUUCAGACAGACCACGGCCGGAAUGUAUCUCAGAUGAUUCAGCAGGCUAGACAUGCGCUUGAUCUGGACUUUGUACACGGUUGCGCGCCCAAAGAUCUCUGGGUAGACCGUACCCCAUAUCCGAGCAACGACAGUAUUUACACGUGGUUGGAAACCGAGGUUCUUCCCCAAUCAAUUCGAAACCCUUCACGUGCAGGAAAGUCAGCUUUUGCAAUUGUCAACACUGGAGCUAUCAGGUUCGACAUUUUCAAGGGCCCAUUCACUCAAGACUCAACCUUCAUUGUUUCACCAUUCACGAGUGGUUUCAACUAUAUCAAGGAUGUUCCAUUGAAUACAGCGAAGCGGAUUGUAGCCCUUUUGAACGGGGCAUCAAAGAUUCUGACGGUAUCGAGUGAGCAGCCUCAGGGCCAUUAUUGUCCCUUGGCUCCGCCACAGCAGUGCGCCUACCAGGUCUCCGAUAGAGCCAAACCGGCCUCACAGCACCAAUUAAUGAUCCAGCAUCAUGAACAAGCAGUCAUCUCGAAACCAGGCCCUCAAGCCUUUCCAGGCUAUACUACAAUCGAUGACGCAGGCGACGAUGGUGACGAUACUGUGCACUCUCCUAUUUCAUUUUACCAUGUGCCAAACGUUGUCCAGACGCUGAUUCACCCUCCUGGGCCAAAUAAUUCAUCUGCAGAGGCCACUGUAGUGGAUUUGGUUUAUGUGGAUUUCAUCGAACCAUACAUCGCUCUAGCGGCAAAUUUUUCGGGUCUACCUAUAAAUCUUCCUGCAGACUCGGCUGUAUACAUGGAAGGGACAAUGACCGGGAUGAUUCAAGCCUGGAUCAAGGAGAAUUGGAAGUGUGACAACACUUCCUCAUAG